CGGCCCGUUUCCCGCGCGCCGCCCGCCGCCCCUUCUCCUCAUGGGCGCCCACCUCGGAAAGCCCGCGCCCACCGCGACCGACCCCCGACGCAGCCCCAGGGCGAAGCCGCCCCCACGGGACCACCUGGCUUUCCAGAAUCGUCUGGCACUGUCGCCUCGUCGGCGAUACCCUAUCCAGCAGGCCCAGUAUGCCUCCCUGGGGGCUCUCCCCACCGUGUGCUGGGACGGUUAUCAGAGGAAGAACGUGCUCUCCGCCCGCAACUCCAACAUGGUCUGCAGCCCCGUCACCGUCAAGAUCGCCCGGCCGGACCACGGCCUGACCCGCUCUCCGGGCCUGGAGCAGACUAUUUCCUCGACGGUGUCUACGCCAUCCGAGAGCCCUCCGGACCCGUGCGCGAAGGAGACGGUGCUCAGCGCCCUCAAAGAGAGCCGGAAAAGAACCGUGGAGGAGGAGGAGGACGACGACGAGGAGGAGGGCGACCACCGGAUCGUCACCGAGGGGCUGGAGAGUAAGCGACGGCGCCACGACAGCAGUGGGAGCGGACAGUCGGCAUUUGAACCUCUGAUGGCAAACGGGGCCCCAGCUUCGCUGACUUUCAAGCCUGGCUCCCUGAAGAGGAGCCUCAAUGCUCAGUGCCCGGACGACAGCUGGAGCAAGCGAUCCCGCAGCUCGUCCGUCAGUUCCCUGAGCCACACGUUCUCCGGCGGCAUCCCCAGCUCCAGCCGCAAUGCCAUCACCAGCUCCUACAGCUCCUCCCGGGGCUUCUCCCAGCUGUGGAAGAGAAGCGGUCCCAGCAGCUCCCCACUCUCCAGCCCAGCUUCAUCCCGCUCCCAGACGCCUGAGAGGCCCGUGAAGAAAGCCAGGGAAGAGGAGACGCAGCCGUCCGGCUCUUCGGCCGCUCUGAUGUCCGACAAGGAGCUCCUGGCCAACACCUCCCUGGACACCCCCAUGAGUAGGAGACAGAAUUCCUGGAGUUCCCUGACAGCUUCCAGCGGCAGCGGAAAGCGGAAGCGGAAGAUCCCGCUGCUGGCUUCCCGGCGAGGGGAGCAGCUGGUCCUGCCCCCGCCUCCCCAGCUGGGCUAUUCCGUCUCGGCCGAAGACCUGGACUUGGAGAAGAAGGCGGCGUUGCAGUGGUUCAACAAAGUCUUGGAGGAGAAGUCAGUAGAUUCCACCCCCAAGUCGGUCCCAGAGGUCCCUCCCGCCACCCUGCAGUCUUCUCUCUCCUUCACCCUGUCCCCCGCCGGCCCCACCGCCUCACCGGCCGUCGCCCCCAGCCCGGAGCCUGCCGCCGCCCCCAACCCACUGCUGGAGAGUCUGAAGAAGAUGCAGAACACCCCGAGCCCACCCAUCCUCACAGAAGCUCCGGCCGCCCCCGCCACUGCUCCGGCAGCGCCCCUGGCACCCGCCCAGCUGAAGACCCCGGACCAGCCGCCGUCCCAGGCGCCCUCGGAGCCGGGGCCCCUCCCCUCCACCUCCUCCGACUCGAAGCCUCCCCCUACCUUUGUCCUGGCCCCCACCACCACACCCCUCGGCAACCCCCUCGGCAAGCCGUCCCCCGCCCCUCUGCCCGAAACCCCGGUCAAGCUCGCUGCCUCCCUCAAGCCUAGCAUUCUUUUCGGGAUGCUGAGUGCCCCAGGGGCCGUGCCUGCCCCGGCUGCCGUGCCCACCCCCGCGGCUGCUCCGGCCCCGGCCCCCGCCCCAGCCACUCCCGCCCCUGUAUUCAAGCCCAUUUUUGGGGCCCCUCCCAAAAGUGAGAGCGGGCCCCCGUUGGCCGCCGGCUCUUCCACCCUGGCCUCUUCCACCCCCACUUUCAAGCCCAUCUUUGGGAACGUGGGGCCUCCGGCCGCUGGGCCCUUGGCGGGAGUGGUGGCGUCCCCCUUUGCCUUCAAGCAGACGCCCCCGGCGGCCCCGGCCCCCGCGGUGACCAGCGCGGCCCAGCUCUUCGCCGGCCUCCCCGGCUCCACCUCCAGCAGCGCGGCUCCCAGCACCGCGCCGAGCACCAACCCGGACCCGGCCACCAAGUCGGCCUUCAGCUUCAGCCUGACCAACUCCGCCCCCGCCCCCGCGGCCCAGCCUUUCCUGUUUGGGGGGACCCCCGCUGCCGGCUCCAUGUUCCAGUUCGGCAAGCCCCCCGCCACCACCGCUCCCACCCCGGCCUUCAGCCAGGCCCCCUCAAGUGUGGCUCAGGUGGCUCCCAGCGGGCCGGGGGGCUUUGGGGGCUUUGGGGUCCCCCUGACCGCCCCCUCCACCACCGCGGCGGCACCCGCACCCACAACCGCCACCACCACCAGCCAGGUGACGUUGACGUUCGGGUCCGUCCCUUCCGCGGCCGCAGCCGCUGUGGCCACUGCAUUUGGAGCUGCCUUCAGUGCCAAGCCACCGCCCCCACCGUACCCGGGCCCGGCGCCCCAGGCCGCCUUCGGGGCCGCCUCCGACGGGCAGAAGCCGACCCCCACGCCGAGUUUCAACACCACCUUCGCCUUCGGGGGUGCGAUGGCCCCCCCGGCCGCUGCCCAGCCGGCCUUCGGGUCCUCCACCCAGCCGGCCUUCAGUGGGACCGGCUCGGCCCCUGCCCCCGGCGCCCAGCCGGCCUUCGGGGGCACCCCGGGGGUCUUCUCCUUCGGCACGGCCGCCUCCACCAGCGGUUUCGGGGCCGGGACCGCCGCCGCCGCCACCACCACCACCAGCAGCGGAGGGACGGCCGCUGGUUCCGUGUUCGGCGGGGCCACCGCGAGCCCGUUUCCGUUUGGGGUCCAGGUGGCCACCGGCGGAGGUGGCGGCGGUGGCUUUGGGAUGAGCACUCCCGCCCCCGGAGCCGGCUCCGCCCCCGCAACGUUCAGCUUUGGCGGCGGGCCGAGCGCCACGGCCGCACGGGCACCCCCCUUCGGGGGCACCGCCAGCCAGAACCCACUGGGCGGCCCACCCGGGCCCAGCGCUCCCUUCGCCUUCAACGUGCCUGGAGCCGGCGAGAACAAACCUGUCUUUGGAGGUACCUCCGCUCCCGCCUUCGGCCAGAGCGCACCAACCCCCGGAGCUGGCGCCGCGGGCAGCACCCUGACCUUCGGGACCCCCGCCGCCCCGGCCCAAGGCUUCGUGGGAACCGGACCCACCUUCGGCUCGGCGACCCCGUCCUUCUCCAUCGGAGCCAGUUCCAAGACGACGGGCGCCCGGCAGCGGCUGCAGGCCCGCAGACAACACAACCGCAAGAAGUAGACCCCCGGCCUUCUCCCGUUGGUCGAGGCGGCCCCUGCCCCCGGCGGCCCGGGUAGGAGGGACACAGACCCUUUAUACUUGAACUGACGGCGAAGACUGGACCGGAAAGACUUGUGUACAUACGGGGCAUCAUCAGCCUGUCCUCCCUUCCCCCCCACGCCCCCCUCCACCCUGUGUGUGAGCCUGGUUCUGCCACAGCUGCCCCCUCAUUUGAGAGGGAGGGGGGCGGCUUCCCCAUCCCCAAGCUUCUGACACCUACCUCGUGGAGCUCCGGGGGGCCUGCGGCCCCCGCGGCUCCCUUCCCUGGCUGCCCGUGGGCACCGUCUCCUCCGUGUCGGUAGGAGCAUCCCUGCCUGGCCUGCUCAGCCUCUCCUCCCUCCCCCUGUCCCUCCCAGCCUCGGUGGGCCGCUCCUGGAACGGGACAGGAGGGGAGGGUUUUGGACUUGAAGGGUUCGCUGGGCCCCAGGACCAGGCCUGCCUCCCCCUCCCUCCACCUCACCUAUGUGUUGUCCCUCUCCCACCCCAAUCACCCACGCCCACCCACCCAGCUGCCAGGCUGCCCCGCCCCCCGCCCUGUGGGAGAAGCCAGCGUGGGUGUUGGGUGACCUGCCUAAUUCUAAAUUUACAAACAGGAACAAGAUAUUUAAACAUUUUUUAACAAAAUAAAUUUAUUUUUGUAUUUAA